AUGCUUCCUCCCAAGCCCACAGCUCACACGAGCGCCACUCUCGGGAUCUGGAGACGCCUGCGAGACCUCAAGAGCCGCGAGGAGCAGAUCGUCCUCGACGGUAACAACCUUGACAUUGCCUCCAUUGUUGCCGUGGCCCGCCACGGUGCCAAGCCCACCAUCACCGACGACCAGGACAUUGCCAAGCAGCUUGACCUCUCCGUGAACACCCUCUCCGAGUACCUCACUCACAACUAUGUCGUCUACGGUGUCAACACCGGCUUUGGUGGAAGUGCCGACACUCGUACCAACGAGCUCAUUGACCUGCAGACCCAUCUGCUUCAGUUCAUCCAGAGUGGUAUCAUCACCGCCGCCGACAAGGAUCCCUCCAACAACUGGGAGCGUGAGCCUUCCCGCGUGAUGCCUCCCUCUUGGAUCCGGGCAACUAUCGUUACACGAGCAAACCAGAACCUCCGAGGCCACAGUGCCAUCCGCAAGUGUGUGCUUGACAGCCUCCUUGACCUCCUCCACAAUGAUAUCAUCCCCAUGGUUCCUCUGAGGGGUACCAUCUCCGCAUCAGGAGAUCUGAUGCCCAUGUCCUACAUUGCCGGUGCCAUUACUGGUAACCCCGAUGUCUUCUGCCAAGUUGGCAAGGGUUCCAAGACCAGGGUCAUGCCUGCUUCCGAGGCGUUGCAGCAGAGCGGUUUGUCCGCCUCUGGACUCGGCCCCAAGGAGGGUCUGGGUCUCAUCAACGGCACUGCCCCCUCAGUGGCUGUUGCCAGCAUGGUCCUCUACGACACUCAGCAGCUUGCUCUGCUUUCACAGAUGCUUACUGCAUUCUCUUCUGAAUGUUUGGCCGGUAACGUCGAGUGGGCCCAGCCCUUCUGCCACGACACACGUCCUCACCCCGGACAAAGUGAGGUCGCUACCAACAUCCGUCACUUCCUGAAGGGCUCCCAAUUCGUCGUUGGCUUGACCUCCCGCAAGAAGACUGGUGAGGGUCUGUGCCAGGACCGUUACUCCACCAGAACCGCUCCCCAGUGGGUUGGUCCCUACCUUGAGGAUCUCCUUCUCGCCCAGGAGCAGUUGGAAGUUGAGCUCAACUCCACCUCAGACAACCCCAUUGUGGACACCAGUGACCUCAGCGAGGAUGCCGAGGGUGCCGUGUACUCUGGCGGUAACUUCCAGGCUGCCUCCGUCACCUCCGCCAUGGACAAGGCCCGUCUCUCUAUCCAGAUGAUUGGUCGCAUGCUCUGGUCCCAAGUCACUGAGAUCAUCAACCCUGUUACGAAUAACGGCCUCGAGGCCAACCUUAAUGCCAGUGAUCGCGAGAACUACACCAUGAAGGGUAUUGAUAUUAACAUGUCCGCGUACAUGUCUGAGCUGGCUUCCCUUGCCGCUCCCGUCUCUGCUCACGUCAUGUCCGCCGAGAUGCACAACCAGGGUAUCAACUCUCUGGCUCUCAUCUCUGCUCGUCGCACCAUGGAAGCCGUGGAUCUCCUUGCCCACAUGAGCGCUUGUCACCUCUUCGUCUGCUGCCAGGCUGCCGAUCUCCGUGCCAACCACAAGCGUUUCAUCGCCAGCCUCCAGAACAUGGUCGCUGACACUACCGCCAGUGGUGCCCUGAACGGUCUCGGCCUCUCCGCCGCCCAGAUCGCCACCCUGAGCACCUCAUUGUUCCCCAUUAUUGAAGAUGCCUGGUACAAGGCCAACACCAACUGCUGGAAGGACCGUGUCACUUCCGUGGUCAAGUCUAUCACUACCCCCAUCACCGACUUCUUCGCAUCUACCGGACACGAGUGCACAGUCGCCCAACUUAUGACCUUUAAGAAGAACUUCGAGACCGCCGUCCACGAUCUCGCCUCCACUAUGUACUACCCCGGUCCUGUCAUCUCUUCCGAGGAGGUGUCCGCACAGCUCGGCCAGGGAACCUCUCAGCUCUACAACUGGGUGCGCUCCAACAUUAAUGUUCCCCUCCACUGCGGUCUCAAGGACGACCCCUUGUACAACGCCCAGCAGGGUCUCCCCACCGAGGGCAAGAAGUCCGUCGGCAGCUGGGUCAGCAUCGUCUACGAGAGCAUUCUCAAGGGCGGCAUGAUGGAGAUGGUCAUGAACGACUUGGACGGUUACGCUGUCGCCAGCGCCAAGCCCGUCAACGGCGCCUACGCCAACGGAAAUGGAGUCCACGCCAAUGGCACUAACGGUACCAAUGGUGUUAAGUGUUAA